CCCCCCACCGCCUCGACAAACGUCACUUCUGAGAUCGAUGAAAAAGAAACUGCAUCAAAAGGUUCCUCUCGCGCCGCCUCAGCAGAGGCCGACAGGAUGGCCACUAUUCCCCUCGAUGUCGUGGAAAAUUCGCCCGAUGCUCCUCCGCCCGAGGAGCAAAGAAGCAAGGCCAAGAUCGCCAUUAUCAUGUUCGCCUUGGGUAUGGCUGUUUUCCUCGCUGCAAUGGAUAUCACCAUCAUCACCACAGCGUUGCCCACCAUCAGUGAGCAUUUCCAAUCGUCAGCAGGCUACACGUGGAUCGGUUCCGCCUUCAACCUCGCCGCAGCCGCGUCAACGCCCCUAUGGGGCAAGAUCUCCGACAUUUUCGGCCGGAAGCCCGUCCUGCUGAUCGCUAAUGUCAUCUUUUUCGUCGGCUCCCUCAUCGCUGCUGUUGCGGUUAACAUUGGCAUGCUCAUCGUGGCCCGCGCCAUCCAAGGUGUCGGUGGCGGUGGACUAAUCAUUCUCGUCAACAUUGUCAUCAGUGAUCUGUUUAGCAUGCGCUCGCGUGGCGCCUACUUUGGUAUCAUCGGUAUGGUGUGGGCGCUGGCGUCCGCUCUGGGCCCUGUCAUUGGCGGUGCAUUCACUGAAAAGGUUUCGUGGCGCUGGUGUUUCUACAUCAACCUGCCUCUCGACGGCGCUGCCUUCCUCAUCAUCCUCCUCUUCCUCGACAUCCAGACGCCGCGCACACCCUUCUGGGCCGGCAUCCAGGCUAUUGAUUGGCUCGGCUCCUUUACCAUCGUCGGCGGCACCUUGAUGCUCCUCUUGGGGCUUGAGUUUGGCGGUGUGUCGUUCCCAUGGUCGUCGCCUACCGUAAUCUGCCUCAUUGUUUUCGGUGUUGUCACCAUUGGCAUCUUCCUCUUGAUCGAAUGGAAGGUGGCCGCCUACCCCGUCAUCCCUCUCCGUCUCUUCAGCAAGCGCUCCAACGUUGCCGCGCUCGGCGUCUGCUUCCUGCACAGCUUCACUUUCAUCAGCGGCAGCUACUACUGGCCCCUUUACUUCCAGGCCGUCCGUGGCGCGACCCCCAUCCUUUCCGGUGUUUACAUUCUCGCCUUCGCCAUGAGUCUGUCGGUCUCUUCCGCCCUAACCGGUGUCGUCAUUCGCAAAACGGGUGCCUACCUGCCGUGCAUCUGGUUCGGCAUGGCCCUCAUGACGCUCGGUUACGGCCUCUUCACCAACAUCACCGCGAACUCGUCGUGGGCGAAGCUCAUUCUCUUCCAGAUCGUCGCAGGUCUCGGCGUCGGCCCGAACUUCCAGUCUCCGCUCAUUGCGCUGCAGGCCAUGGUGCAGCCGCGCGACAUCGCGACCGCGACUGCGACUUUUGGUUUCACACGCAACAUGGCCACGGCCAUCUCGAUUGUCAUCGGCAGCGUCGUUUUCCAGAACCAAAUGCAAGCCAAGUCGUCGACGCUGCAGGAGGCAUUGGGCCCGAAGCUCGCUGCGCAGCUGUCGGGCGGCAGCGCGGGCGCCAACACCGAGAUCGUCGACGCGCUGCCCUCGCAACAGCGCUCGGUUGCGCGCGUCGCCUUUGCCGACUCUCUCGCCACCAUGUGGAUCGUCUACGUGUGUUUCUCGGCCGCGGGCCUGCUGUGCAGUUUUUUGAUUGUUAAGAAGACACUUACGCACCAGCACGAGGAGACGAAGACGGGACUGCCGCAGGAGGCGGAGCGCAAGGCGCAGAGAGACGCGGAGAACGCGGAGAAGAGCCGUAAGCGCGCCGCCAGCGAUGUGGAGGGCGGUGCUGCGAGGCCGGAGUAAGCUAUCUCUGUGUAUUCAUGUUGGUUGGUUUGGUGGCAUGAAAAAAGCUGGGUCAUGUGGGGCGUUUGAUUGAUUGUUUUUGUUUUUGGUUGGGCUGGGGAGCGCGAGCGAGUUUCUGCGCCUUUGGCUCAGCGUGGCGUUUGGGUUGUAUGCAUGCAUUUUCUGGAUGGAAGAUUAUUAGGGCCGGGGUUGGUGUAGCCCCGAGGUGGAAAGUCGGAGGUUUUACCAUAUUUAAUUAUAGACAGGGAGGAUGAAGGAAGAUAGAUGAGGAUGAGGGGGUGGAUGAUUUGUGUGUAGGAGACAGAUGGUAUCGGUUCGAUAUGUCUCCCGGUUAGGCACACACCAACCUCUCAAUAUAAACAUUGACAUGUCAUGC